AAAUGAUUUUUAUCCUACGGUUCAAAAAAUCCCAGAGAAGAAACAGCAAGCCAUAGGCUUUCAGCCAUGGCGGGAACUGCUCUCUGUCUCCGGCCCCUCAUCAAUUCCCUCCACCCCCCACAUUCAACCCGACCCGCUACAACCCGAAUCCGUGCCCGGAACCCGAUAAUACGCCCCUCCUCCUCUUCCUCCUCUCAGCAAAACCCUAAAAAACCUGAAUCCGAAUUGAAAACCCCAGAAUCAACUCCGGUGUCUGGUCUCCUCAGUCGAAUUGGGGUUGAUGCUAUCAGUGUGGAGAUACUGUACAUAGCAUUGCCGGCUGUUUUGGCUCUUGCGGCGGAUCCCAUUGCUUCUCUUGUGGAUACGGCGUUCGUUGGUGCAUUUGGGAGUGUUGAAUUGGCUGCAAUUGGUGUAUCGGUUUCACUCUUCAAUCUAGUCUCCAAGUUGUUUAACAUUCCUCUUCUUAAUGUCACUACGUCUUUUGUUGCUGAACAGCAAGCGUUGGAUAAUAAAACAGAAGAGAACAAAGGUUUUGAAUCACAGGGACUGAUGGGUGGAAAGAAGUAUCUCCCUGCAGUAUCAACCUCCUUAGCUUUGGCUGCUGGCAUUGGAAUAAUGGAAGCAAUAGCAUUGUCUUUGGGCUCAGGGUCAUUGCUGAAUUUCAUGGGUGUACCAGUAGAUUCUCCUAUGCGCAUUCCAUCUGAGCAGUUCCUUCAGUUGCGAGCAUUUGGUGCUCCACCAGUGGUGAUAGCACUUGCAGCGCAAGGCACAUUUCGUGGAUUCAUGGAUACAAAGACGCCGUUAUAUGCUGUAGGUACUGGAAAUUUAUUGAAUGCUGCACUGGACCCUAUUUUCAUAUUUCUCCUUGGUCUAGGAAUAGAUGGUGCUGCACUUGCUACGGUGAUAUCUGAGUAUGUGAUAGCCUUCAUUCUCCUCUGGAAGUUAAAUGGGAGUGUAAUACUUGUUCCACCAAACAUUUUUGGAAGUGGAUUUUCUCGUUAUCUGAAAUCUGGUGGCCUCUUGAUUGGAAGAACAAUGGCAGUUCUUCUGACAAUGACCUUGUCAACAUCCAUGGCCGCAAGAGAAGGCCCGGUUCCCAUGGCUGGCCAUCAGAUUUGCUUGCAAGUUUGGUUGGCAGUCUCCCUGCUCAAUGAUGCUUUAGCUCUUGCUGGUCAGGCUUUACUUGCUAGUGAAUACAGCAAAGGUAAUUAUAAACAAGCUCACCAAAUAGCACAGAGAGUUCUACAGAUAGGAGCAGCCACUGGCAUUGUUUUGGCUAUUCUAUUGUACUUUGGGUUUGAAUCUUUUUCUACCAUAUUUACCACAGACUCGGCAGUUCUCAACAUUGCUCGAUCUGGAAUCUUGUUUGUCACAGCAUCUCAACCCAUCAAUGCCAUUGCUUUUGUGCUUGAUGGGCUUUACUAUGGUGUCUCAGACUUCGCAUUUGCUGCAUAUUCCAUGGCUUUGGUGGGGUUAGUUUCAUCGUUAUUUCUUCUAAUUGCGUCACCUGUGUUUGGGCUUGCUGGAGUUUGGUCAGGAUUGUUCCUGUUUAUGAGCUUGAGGGCAGCCGCUGGGUUUUGGAGGCUAGGAACCAAAGGAGGACCAUGGGAAAAGGUUUGGUCUGAGAGUGAGUUAGGGAUGAUGGAAGAAUGAAGCAUUUUGCAUGAGAAAGGAAGAAAAGUAUAAAUGAUCAAGUUGAAAGAGUUAUCCGAGGUAUAACUCUGCAAUGACUCCGCCGACAUCGAGUAUAUCAACCCAACUGGUGUCUCAGAUUGAUUGCAUAGCAUGUUAUUUCCUGCGAUGGAAACCUCCCCCUUGCCGAUCUUUGACAGCUUAUUUAGUGACGAAUCUCACGGCACACAUAUGAAGCGAAAAAAAUACUCAGGAUAAAAGAUUUGCUUUGCAUUUGAAUGUGUCUUCGACGUGUUAGCCUACAACGACAAAGAUGUUGCAGUCCCAUUUACCUGGAUUGAGAGUGACGCCAAAUUGAUCCAAAAUCCACAGAUGGUUAAGCUACAUUCAUUUGACACCAAGAUACACAUAGUGGAUACGUUGGUUUCGUAUAAGAACGACGAGUGGGACGAGAAGUAGAAUACUUUUGUGAGGUGGUAUUCUAUGAAUUGUUCAUUCACAUUGAGUGUGGAGGUGUGAUGAACAAAGAGUUUAUUCUACAUGUAUUUUGUUUCUAAUAUUGUAACUUCUCCAUAGCCUUCUAUAGGAAAGUAAUAACAGUUCGCCUCUUCA